AUAUAAUUUUGGUUCCACUACUUUGAGAAAGGAAGCAUUCAACUUUUGUUUGCGGCAACUGAGCCGCAAGAAUCUGAAACCGAAAGGCAACGGAUUCACAAUGAAACAAAAAUUAAUGUGCUUACCACUUUACAAAACAUCGGGCGCAGUAUAUAGAUUUUUGUCUGCUUGGUUCAAAUUACCAAGCAAAGGAGCAAUCAAUAGAUUAUUACAGAAAAUUCCACUUAGCCCCGGAAUUAAUGAUGUAAUUAUACAAAAUGUUGAAGAGGCGGUAAGAUGUUUAAAGAAACAUGAGAAAUUUUGCUUGCUUAUGUUCGAUGAAAUUUCGUUAACUUAUAACAUUGAGUACAAUACAUAUACGGAUAAGAUUGAAGGCGUAUAUAACGGAGACAUAAUUGACCAUGCCCUCGUCUUUAUGCUCAAAGGGAUUACAAGAAAAUGGAAACAAACAAUUUGUUACUUUUUUAACAAGGGUCCCAUAAAACCGGAGGCACUAAAAGAACUAAUAAGAGAGGUGAUAAGGAAAUUUAAUGGAGUGAAUGGCUUAAAAAUAAUAGCAACAAUUUGUGACCAAGGGCCUACAAAGAGAACAGCCAUAGAGAGAUUAAUAGACGACGCCAGGAAUUUUUAUCUCAGAAACAACGUAGAGCCUAAACGGCGAAUUGUUAUCGAUAAUAACGAAAUAGUGCCUAUGUACGAUGUACCACGUUUAUUGAUAGGGAUACGUAAUAAUUUAUUAAAGAAAGAUCUAAUUUGGAAAAAAAAUAAUGAGGACGUCCAGGCAACAUGGAAGGACAUUAUUACGGCUUACGAAAUAGAUUGUGACAACGGAGACCUACGAAUGAUGCCUCGAAUUACAGAAUUCCACGUUUACGAGGACAAAAUUGAAAGAAUGAAAGUUUCCUAUGCGGCUGAAAUUUUCAGCUAUAAAGUAGCAGUGGCCAUAAAUUUGAUGGCACGAAACA